AUGGCUAUCUCGCCGCGGGAGAAGCUUAUCACUGGCGCGGGAGUUCUGGGAAGCGGUCCCGACCCUAACUGGAUUGAUAACUUCACUACUAGCAUCUUCAAGCAGGACUACGACAGCGCCAGGGAAGUCUUGCGAGCUGCUAUAGCCCGAGGCGUCAGCACACACCUAGCUGAGCAGUAUGCAAGGGUGCUUGAAGACUUUCUCACCAAGCGCGACGAGGUUGACAAUCCAGUUGUUCUUGCCCGCUUCGAGGAGUGCGUGGUCAGAGAGACUUGCAGUGGACAAGGACGAGGCUUGUACGUCCCGAGCUACCAGACAUGGGGUGCACAUCUUUGGAAGGAACGGCCCUUGGCGUACAUCCAGUCGCCAGGAAGCCGCCAAUGCGCUCAAGUAUGUACCGCCUGCCUGCUGCCGGUGGGCAGCUUAGCUUCACAGCUCAGAUACAUGAACUUGGAGCCGCCACCAGGGGCAGAGACAGUCUUGCUGUCCACGUAUCCGGACGAAGCUUGCCCUGUGGGUUUCUCCCCUGGUCAGGUUGUUGCUUGUGAGAGAGCUGGCUGCGCACAGGUCUUCUGCAGCGAGCUGUGCCGGUCAUGGGCACUGGCGGAAUCCUCUCACGCCAUUCUCUGCGCGGGUCGCCUUAGUCCCAGUAGCUGGGAGGCUCUACAAAGUUUGGAGCACCUUGCUAGCGAGACGGACUCUGAACACCUCCUACUGCUGGCACAUCAUGUCGCGUGCAUGAUGCUAGCAAGAAGGUCUGGCCAGCCGUUGGAUGAGGUCAGACACCGCUUUGCGGAUCAGUUUGCUUCAGCUCCGUGGGAAAGCCUUGCAAGUGAGGAUGGGGGCAGCGAUACGCCAGAAGAAAGGCGGCAGUGCCUGUCCAAAGCGAUGCCUCUCCUUUGUGCAAUUUUUGAAGGUGAGGUCCUGGCAGCAGACUUUUUGGAGGCUGAAAUGCUCAGCCGAGUGCUUGGGACAUUUGAACUGGUGAACAUGUGCAUCAGCCUCCCACACCCCCUAAACAGCCACAGACAUGCAGCUGAAUACCUCACAGAGGACCUGGCCAAAGCUAUAGUCCAGCUCCAAGAACCCCUCCAAAGCGACUCUGAGUCUGAGCCCGGAGAAGGUGGGGCAGAAGAAGCUGCCUCGGAUCCUUUAGCAGCAGGCCAAGCUGGUCAGCUUUUUGAAAACAUCAUCGGCACCGCCCUGUGUGAGGCCUUGGCAUUUACGAACCAUUCUUGUUUGCCCAACUGCCGCAUCGAAUUUGCUACUGCGAGUCAGCCGGAGGCCAAAGGCCCGGGACUCUGGGUGUAUUCUGUCACACGGCGGCCCUUGGUACCUGGGGACGAAGUGCUGAUGGCCUAUGUGCCUUCAGUGGUGGGCAAGCCACUUCAGGUGCGACAGCGAAAGAUGCAGAAGUUUGGCUUCACCUGCCACUGUCGAACCUGUGAGACAGAUAAAGUUCUGGAGACUGAGCCAGAUGUGCCG